AUGGAGCCGGCGGUCCUGGCCUCGCACAACCUCCCGCACCACGAGCCAAUCAGCUUUGGCAUCGACCAGAUCCUGAGCUGCCCGGAACCCCCCGGGAGCAGCCUAGGCCCCGGUCGGUCGGGCCAGGGCCAUGGGGAGAGUGUGGCGUUCUCGGGUGGAUUUCACGGAACCUCAAGCUACGGCCCCGCGGGAUCGCUGGCCCCCCUACCUGGCAGCUCCGGCAUGGGCCCAGGUGGCGUGAUCCGCGUCCCGGCGCAUCGUCCGCUGCCGGUGCCGCCGCCUGCGGGAGGUGCCCCUGCGGUGCCUGGACCCUCUGGCUUGGGCGGAGCCGGGGGCCUAGCGGGACUCACCUUCCCUUGGAUGGACAGCGGCCGCCGCUUUGCCAAGGACCGGCUCACGGCCGCACUCUCGCCCUUCCCCGGGACGCGCCGCAUAGGCCACCCCUACCAAAACCGGACCCCUCCGAAGCGGAAGAAGCCGCGCACGUCCUUCUCCCGUUCGCAGGUGCUGGAGCUGGAGCGGCGCUUCCUGCGCCAGAAGUACUUGGCCUCGGCCGAGAGGGCAGCGCUGGCCAAGGCCCUGCGCAUGACCGACGCACAGGUCAAGACUUGGUUCCAGAACCGGCGCACCAAGUGGCGGCGCCAGACGGCGGAGGAACGCGAGGCGGAGCGGCACCGCGCGGGCCGGCUGCUCCUGCACCUGCAGCAGGACGCCCUACCCCGGCCUCUGCGGCCGCCGCUGCCCCCCGACCCACUCUGCUUGCACAACUCGUCGCUCUUUGCGCUGCAGAACCUACAGCCCUGGGCCGAGGACAACAAGGUGGCUUCCGUGUCUGGGCUCGCCUCGGUGGUGUGA